UAUUUGUCGAUUAAUUGUUGCUACCAUUAAAGAGUAUAUUUAACCACUUUGCAAAUGAACGUUAUACUCACUUCAAGUACGACUGCUUUUCAACUGUUGCUGCAGUCGAUGUAAACAUACAAGCAAAACUCUUACGAUGAUGAUCCGGGCUCCAAACGUGAUGAAGCAGCGUGUUUUUAGGGAUCCUGACGUAACGCGGCAGUGGGGCUGUCUCUCCCACUCUGCCUGCCUGCCUGCCUGCAUUCAUAAACGGAUAUGAUAAAGCGGCGCUGAAUACACUCGGGCAGCGACAACAAGUCAGCGCUCAACCAUGGCGGAAGAGGACGACGCGAAGAUUCGGAUUCUACAGAGCCUGCGUGGUAAAAUAUGUGAAGCUAAAAACCUGGGUCCAGUCUCGGGUCCAAACCGACAAAGGGAUCUUUGUACCUUUUGCACCAUCACUUUGGAUCAGGAGGAGGUGUUCCGUACCAAGAUGUUUGACAAAAGCGUCAGCCCGUUCUAUGGGGAGGACUUCUACUUUGAGAUACCUCGGCCUUUUCAGUGUUUAUCAUUCUAUGUUUAUGCCAAGAGCGUUUUCCAAAGGGAUUUGCCAGUUGGCAAGGUGUCCAUCAGAAAGGAUGACUUAUGUAAAUAUAAAGGGAAGGAGCACUGGUUUAACCUUCAGCCAGUAGAUCCUAACUCAGAGGUCCAGGGUAAGGUUCAUCUGGAGAUGAGACUUAACGAGGUCAUCACAGAGAAUGGCUCAGUGGGUCAGCACUUACUCGUGCGGAUAAUAGAGUGCCAGGGAUUGCCCCUCAUCAGUGGGCAGAUCUGUGACCCGUAUGCCACCGUGUCACUAGUAGGACCUGCCAGAUCUGACCAAAAGAAAACAAAGGUCAAGAAGAAAACCAGCAACCCUCUUUUUGAAGAGACUUUCUUCUUCGAGGUUACACGGUCCAGCAGCUACUCCAAAAAGUCACAUUUCCAAGUGGAGGAGGAGGACAUUGAAAAAUUAGAGAUCAAAGUGGAUUUGUGGAAUAACGAGAAUCUGGCUCAGGAUGUGUUCCUGGGGGAAACGCGGGUUCAUGUCAAGAUCUUGCGAAAUAAUCACAACCACAAAGCCUGGUAUCUUCUCCAACCUAAAGGGAAUGGCAGCAAGUCAAAGUCUGAUGACCUGGGAUCCUUGCGUCUAAAGCUGGCUUACCUCGAAGACACAGUGCUGCCAUCUGCCUGCUACCAACCGCUCUGCAACCUGCUGCUCAAAUCCCCUGAUGUGAAGCCCAUCUCGGCGUCAGCAGCGCACAUCCUGGGGGACAUCUGUAGAGAGCGAUACGAGACCGUUCUGCCCACAGUUCGACUUCUCCUGCAUCACAAUCGUUUUGUGCCUUUCGUCUCAGCCGUGGCAGCGCUGGAGUUAGACAACACUCAGGAGGCUAACACUAUCUUCCGUGGCAACUCAUUGGCAACACGCUGCAUCGAUGAAAUGAUGAAGAUUGUGGGGAAGAAUUACCUCGCUGUUACUCUGAAGCCUGUAAUUGAUGAGAUCUGCGAGUCCAAUAAAACGUGUGAGAUUGAUCCCAAUAAGCUAAAAGAAGGGGACAAUGUGGAGGUCAACAAGGAGAACCUCCAGGUUUAUGUGCAGAAAGUCUUCUCAUCAAUCACUCAGUCCAGCGCCAACUGCCCUCCACUCAUGUGUGCUGUCUUCAGGUCAUUAAGACACUUAGCCUGCAAACAUUUUCCAGCUGACCCCCACGUCCAGUACUCCGCCGUUAGCAGCUUUGUCUUCUUGCGUUUCUUUGCUGUUGCUGUCCUUUCACCACACUCCUUCCAGCUGCGCUCCCAUCAUCCUGAUUCUGAGGUUUCCCGCACGCUUACUCUCAUCUCAAAAACCAUCCAGACUCUGGGCAGCUGGGGCAGUUUGUCGAAAAAACUGUCUAGUUUCAAAGAAUCAUACAUGUAUGACUUCUUCAAAUCAUUCCAGGAAGAUAAGUGCAUUGAAAAAGUUAAAAAGUUUCUAGAUGAAAUAUCUUCAAAUGUUUCAAAAGAGUCAAGUGGAUUGGAGGACGCAGUAGUUCUAAAGGAAGGGGAAGUACAGAAACGAGCCCAGGGGAGGAAACGGCUUGGCAAGAAAAACUUUAAAAAGCGAUGGCUUCGAGUGACCAACAGAGAGCUCUCCUAUCACAAACAUAAAGGGAAAGAGGCCCUCUGUAUCAUUAAUGUGAAGAACAUCCAGGCAGUGGAGAAACUGGAUGAAAGUGCCUUUAACCGUAAAAAUAUGUUUCAGGUGAUCCACUCCGAGAAGCAGCUGUACGUGCAGGCGGGGAACUGCGUGGAAGCUUGUGAGUGGCUGGACGUCCUGGGCCAAGUCAGCCGCUGUAACGAGUGCCGCCUGGCCACUUUUCAUCCAUCCAACUACAGCGCUGGAGCCUGGCAGUGCUGCAAAAGCCAAACUAGCGGUGCGCCUGGUUGUAAGCCCUGCACAAUCAUCAUGCAGGCCAACCUGCAGCUGGACAUCGAUUGUGAUCGGGAAACCGAGAGGAUUUUUUCCCUCCUCUCUGCAAAUGAUGCCAAACUUCAAAACAUGGAAGACGCAUGUGCCAGCAUGGCAGUGUACCAAGGCCCCCAGCGAGACCAGGAGGAGUACUCCAAGUUCAUUAUUCAGGAACCCAAAGAGACCUUUCAGACUCUCAAACAGCUCCGAAACAUCAUGGUGGAGCUGCAGCGGCAGCACGAAGUCCGAGGCGACACCACGGCGCAGUAUGGCAGCUUAGACAACCCAAUAGUGGGAAAAAACCUCUAACCGAUGGUAACACACCAGUGAUCCAGAUGGAUGUCCUCAGGGAGUUCCGGAAAGAGAGAGAGAGAACGAAAGCCCCCCCACCCCGCCAUGUUUCCUGAAACUUUGGGAUCCUAACAAUUUUAUGGGCGACGUCUUUUUAUUUGGUUUUGUCACCAUCUUCACGGAUUACGUCGCCAUCUCCUCUGACUUUAGGUCCUUUUAUAAAGAGCCUCCUUCCUUGUCGUUCAUGUCCAUGUUCAUCUGCGUGAGUAGGCUGCUAUUUUUAUUUUAUUCACCCAGUUUUAGGUUUAAGGGGAGGAUCUUUAAGCGGGAUCGUCCUGAACACUAUUGAUUGUUUUAGCAUCUUCCCCCUUUUUGAACAGAUGUUUGUAUUUAAGGAGUUAGAAGAAGAAGCCGAUCUGCCUUUCUUUUGGAUGUUCUUUCACAUGAAACGCUGAGGGAAUAAAUCAUGCAGAAGCACUUUAA